CGGCUCGCUCCAAACCCGAUCUAUCGGGGAGAUUAAUGCACCCUGUGCUAUCAUACCCACCGUGGCCUACCCGUUGCCAUUUUUCCUUCUUCCCUUCUUCCCCUUCCCUCCAAACCCACGUUUUCAGCUCCCCGUUACUGGACAGUACCAUAAUAUCAACUCCACGAUAAACACACCACGAUUGAAAAAAAAGAAACAAAAACAAUGCCACCACAAAAACUCAGCGGAAAGCCAGAAGAAUUGGCAGCGUUUAUCGAUAAGUUUGAUAUCUUCCUCUUCGACUGCGACGGCGUCCUCUGGCAAGGCGCAAGCCUCCUCCCCCGCACGGCCGAAACCAUCGCUCACCUCCGCAGCCUGGGCAAGCAACUCCUCUUCGUGACCAACAACUCCACAAAGUCUCGCACAACUUACCAGGCCAAGCUCCAAGGUCUCGGCAUCCCCUGCGGCAUCAACGAGAUAUUCUGCAGCGCUUACUCCUCGGCCAUCUACAUAUCCCGCGUGCUGCGGCUGCAGCGGGACAAGAGGGUCUACGUGAUCGGCGAAUCCGGCAUCAAGGAGGAGUUGGCCACGGAGGGGGUCGCCUACAUCAGUGACGAUGGCGGCGAUAUCACGCCCGAGGACUACGACUCGUUCGGUCCCGAUGAGGACGUCGGUGUCGUCCUGUGCGGCCUUGAUCACGCUAUUUCGUAUAGGAAGUUGGCGCGGGCAUACCAGUACCUCCGUAAUCCCGGGACUGUCUUUCUGGCCACCAAUAUAGAUUCAACGUUUCCAACGCAUGGGAAAUUGUUCCCCGGCGCUGGUGCUAUGUCUGCGCCUUUGACCUACAUGACUGGACGCACGCCCGUGUCGCUGGGGAAGCCAUCGCAGGCCAUGAUGGACGCGAUCGAAGGGGUGCUCGAGUUUGAUAGGAAGAGGGCUUGCAUGGUCGGGGAUCGCCUGGAUACAGAUAUUCGCUUCGGCAUCGAGGGCGGCUUGGGCGGGACCUUGGCCGUUUUGACGGGCGUUUCUACUGAGGAGGAGAUCCUCGAGGAGGGGGCCACCGUCGUGCCCGAUGCCUAUCUUGAUAGGCUUUGUGAUAUACUGGGGUGAUUGCUUUUUCUUCUUUCUUUUUUUUCCUGGCUUUUUUAAAUUACCUUACUCUCUGGAGAGGUUGCUUCCGUGCAUCCUAGAUUGCCUGAUUGGACGGACAUAUCAAAUAAAUGAGCCCAACUUAGCGUAGAUAUGGUCGAAUAGUCUACCGAGUUAUAGAAAAAUAAAAAUUUGUAGCAAGAAAAA